AUGAGCCGCACCAGUGCCAGGUCUGGGCACCUGUCGCAGCCGGUCGUGAAGAGCGUGCUGGUGUACCGGAACGGGGACCCCUUCUUCACGGGCCGCCGCGUCGUCUUCCAUGAGAAGAAGGUGUCCAGCUUCGACGUCUUCCUCAAGGAGGUGACGGGCGGCGUCCAGGCUCCCUUCGGAGCGGUUCGGAACAUCUACACCCCGCGGACCGGGCACCGCAUCUGGAAGCUAGACCAGAUCCAGAGCGGGGGCAACUACGUGGCCGGGGGCCAGGAAGCCUUCAAGAAACUCAAUUACUUGGACAUAGGAGAAAUCAAGAAAAGACCAAUGGAAGCUGUGAGUACAGAGGUAAAACCAGUAACCCACAGCAGGAUCAAUGUGUCAUCUCGCUUUAGAAAACCACUUCUGGAACCCUGCACUAUCUUCUUGAUUGCAAAUGGAGACCUCAUAAACCCAGCUUCUCGACUCCUCAUUCCUAGAAAAGCCUUGAAUCAGUGGGAUCAUGUACUGCAGAUGGUCACAGAAAAGAUAACUCUGAGGAGUGGGGCUGUCCACAGACUCUACACUUUAGAAGGAAAACUGGUUGAGAGUGGGGCAGAGCUGGAGAAUGGGCAGUUUUAUGUGGCUGUCGGCAGAGAUAAGUUUAAGAAGUUGCCUUACAGUGAAUUACUUUUCGACAAGUCGACGAUGAGAAAGUCUUACGGUCAGAAAACCUCUUCACUACCUCCAAUUGUAGGAUCCAGAAAGUCUAAAGGCAGUGGAAAUGAUCGCCAGUCUAAGUCAACAGUUGGAUCCAGCGACAACUCAUCUCCUCAGCCUCCAAAGAGGAAAGGGAGAAAAGAUGCCAAUUCAGAAAAACCCACGAAAGAGAAACAAAAUGCCAAGUUAAAGAGUUCACCACAAACAAUCCCAAACAGUGAUGAAGGCAUUUUCAAAGCUGGAGAGGAGAGAUCAGAAACGCGGGGGGCAGCUGAAGUCCAAGAAGAUGAAGACACUCAAGUUGAGAUUCCAGUGGACCAGAGGCCAGCAGAAAUAGUAGAUGAGGAAGAAGAUAGAGAGAAAGAAUACAAGGAGGUGGAACAGAAGGAAGACUUCUCAGGAAUGAAUGGUGAAGUUGAAGAGGACGAAGGAGACCAGAAGCCCGAAGCUCCAGAGCAAGCCGAGGCGAUCCCGGAUCCCAGAGAGGAGCAGGCAGGUUCUGCGGCUCGUGUGAACGGAGGGACCGAUGAAGAAAACGGCGAGGAACUGGAACAGGUUAAUAAUGAGCUUCAAGAAGAGGUGGAUGAGGAAAUAAAGUCUCAAGGAGCUGGCAGUGGACAUGAAGAGGCUGACUUGGACCCUCAAAGACCACCAAAACCAGAAGUAAAAAUCACUAGUCCACAAGAAAAUGAUGACAAUGAACAAAACAAGGAUAAUUUGUCGUAG